AUGGCAGGUAGGGGAAGAGGAAGAGGGGCUUCCUUUACAUUUGACCUACAAGCCAUUGGUUUCUCCAGAGGUGAAGCUCUUCCCGAGACUCAAGCACAGCCUUUGCCCCUAUUCCCCAAUAUAGAUUACAAGGCUGCUUCUCUACUAGAAGGAGAAGAGCAGGAUUAUUUACUAGCACUAAAACGAGAACUACGAGGAAACAUGAAAAGACUGCCGUAUUAUAUAAGAAAAGGAGUUGAGAAGCAAAGCAUUGAAAAGUAUAUCACAAAAUAUGAAGUGGAAGCAGAAAGGAAGCUUCAUGAGGAUUGGGUGCCAGAUUGGCGAACACUUCCAAAGGAGAUGAAAGCAGUCAAGAGGAAGCCCAAGAAACGUAAUAAUAGUGUGAAAAAAGCUGAAGUAAAAAAGGCUGAUGCCAACGUAGAUGUCCUAAAGAAAAUAGAGGAACUAGAGAAAAAAGGUGAUGGAGAAAAAUCGGAUGAAGAAGGUGAGAAGAAAAAAGGUAGUGGUGAGGAAGAAGACGAGGAAGCUGAGGUGGAAAUUGAAGAGGAGGAGGAAAUUGAAGAAGAAAAUGACUACAUUGCCUCUUAUUUUGAAGACGGAGAUGAUUUUGGGAACAGUGAUGAAAAUAUGGAUGAAGCUACAUAUUAG